GACGGCCCGACGCACGGCGCGCUGACUCGCCUCGCCCGGCUUCCCCUGCACCCACGGCUCUCCCUCCCACCUCUUCUUCUUCCUCCUCUCCUCGCCCUUUAAAAGCUCCGGCCGUCCAAGCUUUCACCCCACUUCACACCACAAGUCACGCAGCCCUCUCCCUCUCCCUCCUCCCUUGGUUCCCGUCCCUGCUCUCCUUUCUUUUUUCUCGCCUUCCUUGCUGUUCAGGAACUCGCCUGCUCUGCUCGAUCGCCCUGCGCUUGGUUCUCGGCGCGCGUGAGAGCUCAGAAGCGUGUCCUUUUCGCUUCCGUUUGAUCCUAUCUUCGCCAAUCCAGUCGAAGCUCGUUGCUUGCUUGGUCCCAAAGGGAGGAGAAAUUAAAGAUCGAGGAGAAACGGCGCCGGCGUAAGAUUCCGGGUCGAGGGCGGCCAUGGCCAUGGUUGGUGCUCUGUUCCUGUCCACGAGCGCCGCCGUGCCAUCCGCUUGACUGACCAAUCAUCGUCGUCUCCGUCCGCGCUUGGUACCCCAGCUGAACUCGCGCCUCCCUCGACCAUUCGCCGUCGGAACAAGAUAGAGGAGAGAGAGAGAGCUGGUGGCAGAAGCUCUUCGCGGCUGCGGGGAACUGGUCCCGGAGAAAUGCGGCAGAUCUCGUCGCUGCUGCAGGGCCUGGCCCGGUCGCUGUCGGUGGGGAGGGACAGGAGAGGGGACGGCGCCGGCGCCGGCGACGGGAAGGCCGCCGCGCCGGCGGUGCUGAGGACGUCGGGGACGGUGUGGGGCGAGGGCUCGGAGACGUUCGCCGCCGUGUGCUCGCGCCGCGGCGAGAAGGGCACCAACCAGGACUGCUCCAUCGUCUGGGAGAUAUCGUGUCCGUUGCAGGGAUUCGGGUGCCAGGAGGACACCAUCUUCUGCGGCAUCUUCGACGGGCACGGCCCGUGGGGCCACUACGUGGCCAAGGCCGUGCGCGACGCGCUGCCGCCGUCGCUGCUGUGCCACUGGCAGGAGGCCCUCACGCUGGCGUCGCUCAUCGACGGCGAGAAGAAGCUCGGCGACUGCCGGUUCGACCUCUGGAAGCAGUCCUACGUGGCCGCCUGCGCUGCCGUCGACGACGAGCUCCGCCGCAGCCGCCGCCUCGACGCCGUCUACAGCGGCUCCACCGCGCUGUCCGUCGUCAAGCAGGGCGACCUCCUGGUCGUCGCCAACGUCGGCGACUCCCGGGCCGUCCUGGGCACCUUCACGUCCGACGGCGGCGCCCUCGCCGCCGUCCAGCUCACCGUCGACUUCAAGCCCAACCUGCCUCAGGAGAAGGAGCGCAUCCGGCGGUGCAACGGCCAGGUGUACUGCCUCGCCGAUGAGCCCGGCGUGUACCGCGUGUGGCAGCCCAGCCGGGACUCGCCGGGGCUCGCCAUGUCGCGCGCCUUCGGCGACUACUCCGUUAAGGACUACGGCGUCAUCUCGGCGCCGGAGGUGACGCAGAGGAAGAUCGGCAGCCGGGACCAGUUCGUCAUCCUCGCCACCGACGGGGUCUGGGACGUGCUGUCGAACGAGGAGGCGGUGCAGAUCGUGGCGGCGACGCCGGACAGGGGGAAGGCGGCCAAGCGGCUGGUGGAGUGCGCCGUCCGCGCGUGGAGGCGCCGCCGCCGGGGCAUCGCCGUCGACGACUGCUCGGCGAUCUGCCUCUUCUUCCACUCGCCGCCGUCGUAGGGGGGGCGGGCGCCGCACGGCACGUAGACCGGCCUCCAUCGACGUCAAGGAGACACCGAGAUGCACAUCUCGAGACCACGAUCGUCGUGCCCGUCGCGUUCGUGGUUGGGAGCGCACUUGUCGCCGUCCACGAUUCAGAACGUGCAGCUUUGUCGCAUGAUCGCGACACUGCAGCAGCUGGUGGAUGACCAAACAAAAAAAAUCCCGGCUUUCACACCGGGCUUGUAAAAAUGUACGAGAACGAACACCAGCCACCAGAAAAGGGGAGAGAAAGAUGCAUUUUGUCCUCA